AUGGAUGCUAAAGUAAUAUUGAAUGUCUUCUCCGGGACUUUGCAAGCUGAUCAAUCAAUCAGACAGUCAGCAGAAAAUCAAUUAAAGACGCUUGCAGCAAGUAAUGGAUUUUUGGAGGGAUGUCUUGAUAUUAUUUCUGCAUCGGAUAGUGAAGUGGAUGGUACAAUAAAAAAAGCCGUGGCAGUUUACUUUAAAAAUAGAGUAGUUAGGUAUUGGAACCAUGAUAGUGGCGAUAACACAAUCCAAGACAAUGAGAGAGAAAAGAUUAAAGCUAGAAUCUUGCCCGUGUUCUGUGCGAGCUUUCAUGAUACUAAACAGCAAUUGAUCCCCGUGUUGAGAGUUUUGGUGAGUUAUGAGUUCCCUAGCAAAUGGCCUGACCUAUUGAGAGAUACAGGAACUCUUCUUCAACAAGUUCCAACAACAGAUUCAGUCAAAGAAGAAGACUAUGCACAUUUAUAUACUGGAAUCCUUUGCUUUACAGAAAUAACUAGAAGAUUUAGGUGGGUUGACAAUAAUGAUCGGAGUAAGGAUUUAGAUCCCAUGAUAGAGAGUGUUUUUCCACAUUUAUUAACUAUUGGUAAUUCCAUUAUCUCAAGACGUGAAAGAAUGACAGAACUUUCAUGCGAAAUAUUAAAGUUAAUUUUGAAAGCUUAUAAGUUUGUGACUUAUUUCGACUUACCACAAGUUUUACAGAACAAAGAAUCUUUGAUAUCUUGGGGAGAAUUUCAUGGAUCGAUAAUCAAUUUGGAACCUCCAGCCUAUGUUUUAUCUGAAAAUUUAACUGAACAGGAGAAGUCACUUUUGGAAUUCACUAAGUGCACGAAGUGGUCAAUUGCAAACUUGUAUCGCCUCUUUACUAGGUAUGCUUCCCAGAGUCUUACAAAGAAAUUCAAUUAUCCUCAUUUUCAAGAAAUAUUCACACAAGAAUUUCUCCCACAUUUGAUUCUGAACUAUUUGAAUGUGAUUGAAUUGUACUGUACUGGAAACAAGUGGUUAAGUUCAACUGCAGUUUACUACUUGUUACAGUUUUUAAGCCACUGUGUAACUCAGAAACAAGCAUGGGGAUUAAUCAGACCUUUUUUUGAAAAUUUGGUAUCCCAUUUUAUUUAUCCUUUGUUGUGCCCUUCAGAUGAAACUUUAGAAUUAUUUGAAAGCGACCCGCAUGAAUAUGUCCAUUCUAACUUCGAUAUUUAUGAUGAACUCGAUAGUCCUGAUGUAGCGGCUGUUGGUUUGUUGGUGACACUAGUGGAUAAAAGAAAAUCAGUCACCUUAGAACCCAUUCUUUCCUUCGCUUAUAAUCAACUCAAUAACUUAUUUCAACAGACAGAUUCUCUAGAGGUAGCGAAACAGAAAGAAGGAGCCCUCAGGUUGAUAGGAGGAAUUUCUCAUUAUCUAAUAUUGCCAAAGUCUCCAUAUUACUCUCAAAUGGAGCAAUUCUUAAAAACUUUAGUUUUUCCUAAUCUCAACUCAAAAUUUGAAUUUUUGAGGGCAAGAACACUUGAAGUUUCUUCUAAAUUUGCAGACUUAGAAUUCAAAGAAAAUGAGAGCUUGUCGCUACUCUUUCAUGGAAUUACCAAUAAUUUUACCAAUGAGGUGGCGAGCUGCUUGCCAGUAGAGUUCGAGUGUGCACUAGCAAUCCAAGCCUAUUUGCCCAUGCCUCAAUUCAAAGAAGCGUUGUCAAUUAUUAUAUUACCCACCAUGUCUAAAUUGCUUGAAUUAUCGAACGAAAUUGAUAGCGAUGCUAUUUCAAUGGUUAUGCAAGAGUGUGUUGAGAGCUUUUCGGAUCAGUUACAGCCAUUUGGAGUGGACUUAAUGAGUAAGUUGGUUGAACAAUUUAUGAGAUUAGCGAUUGAAAUCAAUCAGUCUUUACAAGUUGACGUUGAUCUUGACGCAGAGUUUGAGGACCAGAGUGACAAAGUCAUGGCUGCUAUUGGUUUGCUCAACACUAUGAUUACUGUCCUUUUAUCAUUUGAAACAUCUAGAGAUAUAUGUAUUAGACUUGAGGAAGAGUUCUCACCCGCUAUUGAAUAUGUUUUAGCCAACAAGCUUGAUGACUUUUUGGCAGAAGUGGGAGAACUAAUGGAAAACUCGACCUUCUUGCUAAGGUCAGUGAGUCCUUGCAUGUGGAAGGAUUUUGAAUUGUUGUACAGUUUGUUCGCUGAUGGUAUUGCUCUAAUGUAUGUUGAAGAGUUGGUGCCAUGCAUACAAAACUUUUUAGUUUACGGAAGUAAAGAAAUUAGCGAAAACCCAAAGUUGGCACAGAGUAUGUGCAGCAUAUUCAAGUUAAUAAUUGAAGGAGACGAAAAUCAAAUUGGUUUGACAGAUAUUUCGUAUGCCUGUGAAAUCGCACAGAUUUUUAUUUUAUCUUUGCAGUCGAGUUCCAUUCCAUUUAUUCCCAGUCUUGUGGGGGAUGUCUUAAAGAUUGCUAAAAGUAACAUGAAUGAGCAACACCACGUAAAAAAUAGUGUAUUCGAUGUAAAUGUUGAGAAUGUCGUAGUGGCAGGAUUGGUGUAUGAUUCUAAUAACGUUUUAAUAAUGCUUCAAGAAAGUCAACAAUUACAUAUAUUUUUUGAACAAUGGUUUGAAUUGAUACCGAUGCUUUCGAGAGUGUUCGAUAUCAAGUUGUCAAUCCUUGGGCUCCUUAGCCUUAUGAGUAACAAUGAUGCCAUGAACAGCUUAAGUGAAGUUAUCGUUGCAAGGAUAGGGUAUAUGGUUGCAACGUUAUUGAAGGCUUUGCCGAAAGCCAUUGAGACAUUGGAGAAAAAGAGAAAUAAUUUCGACGCAGAUUGGGAGGAUAAUCUGGACAGCUUAUCUGGCGUCAAUUAUAGCCAGGAAGACUUUGAGGAUGGCGAUGACUCCGUUGAAGGACUAGAUAAUACAGAGAAGGUGAUUUUGGAAGAAAACUUCAAAUUAAAAGGCUCGGCGUUCUUUGACGAAGAAGACGAAAUGAUCGUAGAGAACCCGUUGCAGGCAAAUCCAUUGGAUGGAAUUAAUGUGUUUGAAGUCUUUAGCACCUUUGUAACAUCGCUUAAAAAUCAAGAUGUAAAUAAAUAUAAUGUCUUAUUCGGAUCCUUGGGUGGUUCCGAAGAGGAUAUCAUCAAGCUGAUAAUAACUAUGACCAGUUAA